UAAACGAGGCUCAGUUGUUGUCCAACCAUCGUUACCAACGCGACUCUACAAUUAUUUACUGUCCAGCUAGUGAGAUAUACAACUUCACCCACAAAACAUGUCGCUUCUAACGGGCAGCGCCAAUGCGGUUAGAUACACGCUAUUUGGAUUUAAUUUAAUAUUUCUGAUUACUGGAAUUAUAUUGAUAGCUGUGGGUGCCGGUGUGGGAUCCGUUUACACCGGCUAUGAGCUCUUUUUGGUCGGCAAGUUCUUCUCCAUACCCACAUUCCUGAUUGUGAUCGGUUCCUUCAUCAUUGUGAUCACGUUCUUCGGCUGCUGGGGUGCUCUGAAGGAGAACUAUUGCCUAGUGCUCAGCUUCUCCGUGAUGUUGGCAAUCAUUUUCAUCUUGGAAUUGGCCGCCGGCAUCAGCGGUUAUGUCUUGCGAAACGACGCAGAGAACUUGAUUCAAACGUCGCUCACGAAUUCGCUAGCCCAAUACAAUAAAUCUACCCAGAACCCCACCACGAAGUUAUGGGAUGAUGUACAGCGAGACUUUGACUGCUGCGGUGUAUCAAAUUAUUCUGAUUGGUCCAAGAUAUUCGACAACAAUCAAUUGCCCAUUUCCUGCUGCAGUGUUCCAGUCGGAGCCGUUGGCACCUUCUCUUGUCUAAACACCACUGAAAGUGUUGGCGAUCGCCAUGAUAAUGGCUGCCUAACCGGCUUUUCCGACUACAUUGCAGCCCAUGCGGUGAGCCUGGGAGCCGCUGGCGUUGUUAUUGCUGUGCUUCAGUUCUUUGGCGUCAUCUUUGCCUGCUGGGUGGCACGUGAGAUCAAAAUCCGCAAUGGCAUCACAGGAUUCCCAUAGAGGGGACAGCUGCGUCAACGAUCUAACCAACUAACUAAAGACAGAAUAAGAGAGAUUGCUCCUCUUGCAGGGGGUACGGAUCAAAUGCUUUAAAAGCCAUUAGUUUCGGCUGUUUAUAAGGUCAACGCUUAGAUUUCGAUUCGCUUUGCUUGUAGCUUCCUUUUGGCUUAAUUACACCUGUAUACCAAAAAAUAUCAAAUACUAUUUAUUUAAUAAAGAAAUUUUAGAUCUAAAA